UUGAAGUUUUGGAAGACAAAGCUUGGCGAGAGUUUCGGAGUCUUUCAUAAAUAUUUUACGCUCGUUACGAACCGUCAUGGAAGGGAAAAAAGAUUCAGAAUUCACGAAAAAAGUGCGGUUCGACUUAAACGAGGAGGUUUUUCUUAUUCCAAGCAAAUGGGAUCGACUGAGCAAAUGUAAAACUGCCACUGCGAAAAACAUCGAAGGACCGGUGAACAAACAGAGAAAUCGUGCUGUCGCAGAACGCCGGUUUGAAGUGACUCGAGGUAAACAAAACAAAACUAAAGACAGAGCGACAAAGGUUGUGUCGAAUCGCGAGUCGAACGGGAAGCUUUCAGAUAAUAGAAGACCAGGUUCUACGCUCAGUGUGAAAACCAACAAUGGUAGAAAAACUGCGCGACAUAUAGAAGGAAGAGAAAAUGCUAGCGUUACAAACUCGACGCCUCCGGGUGAACGGAAAUUGAAACUGUAUCAUCGACCUUCCCAAGAACUGCAAAACCUUGGCCUUGUUUUACCAAAAAUUCCAUAUACGCCAGAUCUUAAAAAGGCGAUCGAAAACGCGUUGCAAAGACCUAGACGCAAACCAACUUUGGAUAAUGGACUUCACAGUACUAUAAAAGACACACGUGAAAACAGGACUACGGCUUUGGAACUUCUCAACUCCCUUUCUAGGGAAAGUGAUAGAGAAAUACCUCAAAGAAGGCUGUCGGAUAGUUCUAUAAGGACAUGGGAUAAAAAAUCGAGAGAAAAUAGACAAAACCUGGACAGGGAAAGUGAUUCUAAAUUUAGCGAACUUUCCUCAGAUUUUGAUGGCUCGUGUCCGAUCUCCGCAUGGAGUCCGAGAGAAAAUACGAUUACCUUGCGGUCAGAUAAAACACCACCUGUUCUAACGAGAGGGCGCUCUAUGCCAUCAGUAAUACCAAGCAGCAUACUUUACUAAUACAUCGGUGGUGUUCUCUGAUUUGAUCGACCGACUCUUAACAGUUGGUGGCCGAUCAUGAAGGAGCUAUAUUUUCAGUAUUAAUACCUCAAUCGCAUCAACAUUGACGUGUCUAGUUUAACCGGUUUUGACUGCAUGGAUGAAAAUCGUGUAGAAAAGGAGAACUAAAAAAUUGAAUUUUUAUAUAGGAUUCAAGUAGUCUUUAGCUUGUAUUUUUAAUGUGUUGAAUUCGAAUUCGACAAACGUCGGCUUCUAAUAAGCAACUUCUAUGAAGAAAACAAAUUUAAAUACGGUGUUUAACCGAAAACAGCUCUCAAACAUGUUUAAGCCCGGCAAAAGUUUUCAGUAGUUAGGACGUUACUCUAAAUAAGAUUAAGUCAAAGUACUUAUGGAGACAUCAGAUUUGAGCUUCCAGGAUCCAACUUACCUUGGCUAUACCUUGGCUAUAGACCACAUGAUAUUCUCUCAUAAGUUCUUAAAUGAGCAACCUACUAGUUAUUUAGAACCUAUUAUACAAGAAUACCACCCAUCAAGAACACAGAGAUCAUCAACUCGCUUACAGUUACGCAUCCCACCUAUUAUAUCCAAUUCCUAUGGUGGACGCGCUUUUUCAGUAUCUGCACCGAAACUAUGGAACUCAAUUCCCGAAUAUAUUAAAAGAGCGGAAACAGUAGAAACA